AUGGAAAUUCAACGAGUUAUAGAACAAAUCUUCUCGGAACUGUCCGUGCAGCGAACAGUGGUGGAAAAUGAUGGUGAUGAGAAAGUUGUUUGUAACACUUGCCGGAAACCGAUAUCGGGUCGGGCUUUCACAUUCAGGAGUAGACAUCUCUUUCAUUUAACGUGCCUCAAUUCACCCAUCAACUGCAAAGACUUUGUUUCUCACUACGGAAAAGGGCACGAUCGAUUGAUCUUCACAAAAGAACAUAAAGCUGAUGGCAAGGAGGACGUUGUUUGCAACGGCUGCGAGAAGCCAGCAUUGGGUCCCGGAUUCAAAUGCUCCACCUUGGAAUGCAACUUGUUCCUUCAUGAAUCAUGUGUCAAGCUGCCUCUCAAGAUACAACACCCCUUCCACCCAAACCACGCCCUUGAUCGUAUGAUGCCAAAGAAGAAACAUUGUACUGUUUGCGGUAAAAGCUGCAAUACAUAUGUCUUCUACAGUUGUGGAGAGUGCGAUUUCAAUCUUGAUAUAGCAUGUGCCACCACCUUGCGAAUUAAUUGUACUCACGACUGCAAACACACAUUCAUCUAUUUGUUUAACAAAGUUCAAUUCACUUGUCAAGCUUGUGGUGAAGAAUGCAAGGACUUAGCUUCCCUAUGUACCACCUGUCAACUCUUGAUUCACGGCAAAUGUGCCCGAUUUUCAUGCAUCAUCAAGAUUACAAGGCAUGAUCACUCCCUCACUCUCACCUAUUCUCUUCGUCAACUCAAAGAGCCCUUGGACAACAACGUAUUCUGUAAACUUUGCUAUCAAAAGGUGAAAACAGAGUAUGCAGCCUAUUGUUGUCAGAAAUGUGAUUACGUGGCCCACUUGGAUUGUGCAUUGGAAGAUGAAGAAAGUGCAUUUCUCAAGUUGGUGCAUGAAUCUGUUGAUUUAGCAACUAACGCUAUGUUGGUUGAAGUGGCUGGAAAGAUAAAACAUUUUAGUCAUGAUCAACAUCAUUUAAUUCUUAGCAACGAGGAGCUCAUGGGUGAUAAGCUUUGUGAUGGUUGUAUGAAAUUAAUAUCUACACCAUUUUACAGUUGUACGCAAUGCAACUUCUUCUUGCACAUUAGAUGUGCUCAACUACCAAAAAGGAAGCGAUACCAACAUCAUGAUCACCCGCUCACCCUCAACUCACAAGGACCUCUCAUUGGUGGCUUGUUUCGUUGUCAUGCUUGUGAUAAUGUCCGCCAUGGCUUCACCUAUACAUGUGACAUGUGUAGGUGUGAGUUAUACCUUGACGUUCAUUGUUGUUCAAUUCCAGAAACUCUCAAACAUGAAGGUCACCAACACUCCCUCUUCCUUGCAAUUAAUUCUAAUCAAAGAUGCCAUGUUUGUAAUUGCUCUUCUAGUGAGAAACCUGGCAUAUUUAUAUGCAUUGAGUGUGAUUUCGCAUUGGGUUUCGAAUGUGCAACUCUUCCGCUUGUAGCUAGGCAGGAACAUUAUGACGAUCAUCUCCUCAAGCUCACCUAUAUUGCUGAAAAACAUUGCGGAGAAUACUAUUGCCUAAUUUGUGAAAAGGAAAGAUAUCCAAAUCACUGGUUCUAUUAUUGUGCAAUAUGUGACUUUUCUGCUCAUUCCGAGUGUGUUCUCGGAAAAUAUCCAUACGUGAAGUUUGGAAGUACUUUCAUGGUAAAAAAUGAUCACCAACAUCCUCUCACUUUUGUUCCAAAGACCGAGUCGUCUCGUCCAUGUGAUGCUUGCGAAUGUUUAACUGCCCGCGGGAAGGUUCUCUAUAUUGUGAAUGUUGCUUCAAAAUAG